CUAAGCAACCCUUUUUAAUCACAAACAACUCACUUUCCCAAUAACCAACUAAUCUUUGCCGUACGGGUCCCGCCACCCAUCACCACACGCCGCCACCUCCCACCACCACAACUAUAAAAACCACCACAAUCCUAUCCACUUUCUCCACCCAAUACUAGACCUUCAUUCGUGCACAUUUUCCCAAAUAUUCCAACCUAGUGGUCUCCGGACCCACGACGGUUGUACCACAACCGUCGCUGUCACCGUCAUCGACAACGAUGUCACAUCCAAACCCGACAUCCCCGCCACCACGGUUGUCAAAGCCGCCACCACCACUUCACAAACAAAAAUCCUUGUCCACAGAUUUUUAUCCGCCACCACCACCACUUGACAAACAAAAAUCCUUGUCUACGGAUUUUUAUCGUGAAGAGACAUGGCUAAGACGAAAAGACAACCAUCGCCAACACCACCGUCACAACCUCCAUAGGCGGAGCAAGAGCGUAAUAACCACCGAAGAUAUCAAUGAGCUCAAAGGGUGUGUUGAUCUCGGCUUUCAUUUCGCGAGCGAACCAAACAAAUUAUCGAGAACGUUACCCGCUCUUGAUCUUUAUUACGCCACGUUAUCGCCUCCAACACCAAGCGCGAGUUCUUCUACCACCACCUCGAAUUACGGGGACUCGCCGCCACAACCUUGUAGCCCUGCCACCGGCCUUACCGCGGCCGCCACCCUAUUCAAUUCAGGGGAGAAUCCAGAAAUGGUGAAGAGAAGAUUGAAGCAAUGGGCACAAGUGGUUGCUUGUGCAGCACGUCAACCUGCAUGUCACCAAGCAGAUUUCAAGGAUUGAAGCAAAAUUAAAUUAUUCAUUUAUUUCAUAUUUGACAUUAUUUAUUCAUUGAAUGUAUUUUAUUUUAAAAUCAAUUGGUGUUAAAUAAACUCAUUUGUGUUUCAUAAACUUAAAAUACAAGUUAACUCUAUUA